AUGGUGCGGUGCCGGGCCCGCGGCCGCCCGCGCUUUAUAGCGGCCCCCAUUGAUCGCGGGGCCCCGGGGCCGCCCCCAGCAGCUGUCCCCGCGCCUCGCCGGCGCCCGCCCGGCGGCUCUUUCCGACCCGCGGUCAAUAGGGAUUUGGGCGCCGGAUCCCGCGGCGCGGACCCCCCCCGCACCCCGGGGCGCCAGCGCCGCCGCGGAGCGCUGUCCCCGGUGCUGGGCGUCCUGGGCAUUGGCCCGGGAGCCGAGGCCGGGCCGGCGGAGGCGGCGGCGCUGGCGGGGGGCGUGCUGCUCAUCAGCACGGCUGGCAACUCGCUGGUGUGCGCGGGCGUGCGCGUCCUGCAGACGCCCACCAACUACUUCGUCCUCAGCCUGGCGCCCGCCGACCCCCUCCUGGCCCUCCUCGCUGUCUACUCGGAGGUCCGGGGGGCCAUGUGGUUGUCGAGCCCCGGCCUGUGCGACGCCCUUAUGGCCACGGACGUCCUGCUGGGCACCGCCUCCAUCCUCGGCCUGGGCGUCAUCAGCGUGGACAGGUGGGUUCGUGCCGUGGCCUUGCCCCUGGGCUCCAGUCAGCGGGGCGGGGCCUUGUGUCCGGGGCUGCUGGCGUGGCCGCUGGCCCUGGAGGUGGCCGCGCCGGUGCUGUGCGUCCUCAACGUCGUGCGCGGCCGUGACCCCGCCGUGUGCCACCUGGAGGACGGCGGCUACGUGGUCUUCCCGUUCGUGUGCUCCUUCUUCCUGCCCUGCCUGCUCAUGCUACUCUACUGGGCCACGUUCCGGGGGCUGCAGCGCUGCAAGUCCCCACCGCGCCUCGACCCCCGCCGCUGGCCUGCAGGCAACCGUGCCUUCCUGCUGUGCGGGACGCCCUACUUGGUGGCACCCACCACCCGCACGCUCUGUCCUGCCUGCAUGUUCCAGCGCAUCUUCUGCGAGACCCUGGGCCUGCGCUGCUGA